UGGGCAAACGGCCGGAUGCCCUACGACGAAAAAGGUGGCCUUGGUCGGCAUUGCUACCGACUGUACCUACUGGAACGGCUUCAACUCAUCCGAGGCACUUAGGAAGAACGUCAUCGGCAUGGUGAACCAAGCCUCCCAAGUGUACGAGAGUGCAUUCAAGAUCUCGCUGGGCAUCAGAAACUUGACCGUCCUCGAUCGCGGGUGCCCAGGCGCCCCCUCCGCCGCCACGCCCUGGAACGUAGGCUGUUCGGACAACACCACCAUCAGCGAUCGACUCAACCUCUUCUCCGCCUGGCGCGGCAGGUCCCUCGACAACAACGCCUACUGGAGUCUGCUGACCACCUGUCCCACAGACGCCGCCGUUGGCCUGGCCUGGAGGAGCCAGGUCUGCCGUCAGGGGUCGGGAACCAGCUCGGACGGCCAAGGUCACAACGAGACCGUCGCUGGCGCCAACGUCGUUGUGCGGACCUCGACGGAAUGGCAGGUGUUUGCCCACGAAUCGGGACACACCUUUGGCGCCGUCCACGACUGCACGAGCUCUACUUGCCCCGUCGACCCAUCUUCGCAGGCUUGUUGCCCGCUCUCUGCCAAGUCUUGCGAUGCUGCGGGCAAAUUCAUAAUGAACCCUUCAACGGGCACCGGCAUCACCCAGUUCUCCGCCUGCAGCGUGGGCAACAUUUGCUCCAGCCUCAAGGCGGCAGCGCUGUCGAACUGCCUGACGGACAACAAGAACGUGCCCACCAUCACCGGCAGCCAGUGCGGCAACGGCAUUGUCGAAGAAGGCGAGCAGUGCGACUGCGGCGGCGCCGAGGGCUGCGGCAACAACAGCUGCUGCGACGCCAAGACCUGCAAGUUCAAGAACAAUGCCGUAUGCGACCCGUCCAACGAGGACUGCUGCAACGACCAGUGCCAGUUCGCGUCCUCUUCGACGGUGUGCCGCCCCAGCACUGGCGAGUGCGACGUCCAGGAGACGUGUCCCGGCGACGCGGCCAAGUGUCCCGACGACCAGCACAAGUCCGACGGCGACGAGUGCGGCAGCGGCGACGGCCUCAGAUGCGCUUCGGGUCAGUGCACCUCUCGCGACAGGCAGUGCCAGGUGGCCGUUGGCACCUCGGCCGAUAACAGCUCGACUACCGCAUGCCCGGACACGCGGGACAGCUGCACCGUUUCC